AUGUCUCAGGAGCUCGCAAAAAUCUCUCUCACGGCAUUCCUGCUGGGAGCCUCUCUGGGAGUUUCAUGUGCACUGUUCUUUACAGUCGCGUUCAAACAGCUUCCCGUCUAUCUUGCGUCAGUUGCAUUGUUCCAUUUCCUGGAAUUUUAUUGCACAGCCAAAUACUCUCCCGAUAAAGUCACCACCGAUUCGUUCCUCCUUUUCAAUGGGUCUGAGUACAUGGUUGCGCAUGCGGCAUCAAUCACAGAGGCAUUUGUGGAAUAUUAUUUUUUCCCAAAGUGGAAGGCCUCACACACCCGUCUGUUCCAUGCCGGAGCCGCAUUGGUUGGACUAGGUCAGUUAGUGCGUUCUAUCGCGAUGGCCACUGCACGCGAAUCGUUUAGCCACACGAUUGCCACCGAGAAGAAGAAUAAUCACCUGCUGGUCACUACGGGAGUCUACGGCUAUUUCAGGCACCCAUCCUAUGCAGGUUUCUUCUACUGGGCCCUUGGCACGCAGGUACUUCUGUGCAACCCUAUUUCCUUCAUUGCAUUCUACUUCAUGUUGCAACGGUUCUUCUCUCGCCGUAUUCGCUAUGAGGAGUCCACCCUUAUCCAAUUCUUUGGGCCGGCAUAUCUGGAAUACAUGAAGAAAACCCGCGUCUGGAUUCCUAUAUAG